GGAACAAGAACAAGAGAGGCGAAGGUGCUUUCCGCCAACUAAAACUCCAAGUGUUCAGCUAGUAGUUUAGCUCUAAAUGAGUUGACAGUGAAUCCCCCUUGUAGGUCAGGGAGACGGAGAGAGAAAAGAAGAAGCUUGCCCUGAUCGUGGCCUACACAGCAGAAAAGGGUUUCCUGUUACACAAUCGGCCCCCGCGAUUUGCUCAUCUGAUCGGUAGACGUCUGCUCAUUUGAAGAUGAUGCGAUUGCUGUUUCUAUGUCUGCUGCUACUUCUGCCAGCUUCUGCUGCUGCUCUGCGAGCAUUUCGUAACUCUUCAGAACUUGAAGGAUCAGCUGAUGACUCGGAUGACGAGGAUUUUGCGGAAAGUGCUUCAACCAAUUUGAACCUAAAUGCUGGGCCAGGCAAAACCACUGGUGUGGAGGGCAACAGUGAUGAGGGCUACAUGAUUAUCAUAGUUAUAGCGGGGGUGGUGUUGGCUCUUUCGGUCGCAGCAGUUGUCACCAUAUUGAUAGUGAAGCGCAAGAUGCAGCAGCAGGAGCAGGGGAUCUACUCUGUGCCAAUAGAACAGGACCACAAAGGGUCCGUCUAGUUCCUGGUCUACAGCUACAAGCCCUAUAACACACAGGCAAGAGAGGUCGAUGCAUCAGAAAAUGUUAUCUCCUACUCUUUGACUCAGGACAGCUAGACUUCUUGGAACAACAGCCUGUUUCUGAAUGUUCAGUUCAUUCCUCCCUCCCACAUAACCUCCUAUACAUGUGUAGCAUAUGCAGUAUGUUUUUUGUUUGUUUGUUUUUUGUAUACUUUUGUGUUUGUCCCAGUCAUUUGUUCUGUACAUACACAUAAUUUAGCCUGGGACUUUUGGAACACAGUCAAACCUUCUAAUUGGAUUCUAUUUGAGGAAUCCAAAUCAAAGCCAGUGAAUGUGGCUUAAAGCUCCUUUUGUUGAAAGGGAUAAUUUAGCACAGCCAGAACUCCCUGAUUUUUUUUUCCCCCCUUUAAUUCCUGACACAAGAAAUUAUUCCCAACGACUAUGCAGUGUAACUCUGAGAGACCCGUCUAUGUGAAAUGGUCGUUGAGUGAGACAAACCACACUAAUCCAGCCUAAGCCGGCCUCACGUUCAUUCCUAUUCACUUGUGUCACAUUUUCUCUUCCUGGCCCAUUAGGAAUGACAGGAGGCAACAAAAUAGGAAGAUAAAAACCCGUUCACUGUCUUCUUAACUUCCAGUUACAAGAGGACAGUGGGGGGGAAAACCCCUGAAACAAGUGGAAAUGGCUAGUGCUAAAACCUUCCUGCACUGCCACAAAUUAAUCAACCACCAUGAAUGAUGAUGUUUUCCAAUCCCCUCUUCUUGAAAGGCUUUCACUUUAGAUUGUAAAUAGCUCUCUGAAUGCUGUGGAGAGUUAGAUUAAUGCCUCCCACACUGUUACAGAGAACCUCGUUAUGAGGGAGGGAAGGAUAAAAUCUCAAGAAUUAAAUAAAGUAGGAUGAUUGGGGAAAAUGCCAACAAUGCCUUUGUUUCAUUCAUACAGAACACACAGUUUUCUCUGGUUUUAUGCAAAUCAACCUUUUCGUGCUGUGUGCAGGAACCCUUUCUAUCCAAGAAUCUAAGGUGCCGGCUUCCCUGGUUGUUUGUCGGCAAAAGGGAAUCUGUUUUCCUUGUCAG